AGAUCACUUCACACAAACUCAUUCAUCAUGGAUCUGGCUGAUGCUGUUGGAGGAGAAGAGGAGGUGAAGAAGGAGGAGGGAAACGAGGUGGAGGGACUCUUCUCAAAGAAGAAUAAAUAUAAUGCGUUUGACAUGACAGCGGGUCAAGGACCUGCAUAUGGACCUGGACCUGUAGUGCCUCAAGGACCCGGACCCGUAUUGCCUCAAGGACCUGGAUAUGGACCUGCACCUGGUGUGCCUCAAGGACCCGCGUAUGGACCAGGACCCGUAGCGCCUCAAGGACCCGGAUAUGGACCAGCAUCUGGAGUGCCUCAAGGACCUGGAUAUGGACCCGGAGUUCCUCAAGGACCUGGAUAUGGACCACCUCAAGGACCUGGUUAUGGACCACCUCAAGGACCUGGAUAUGGACAACCUCAAGGACCUGGAUAUGGACAACCUCAAGGACCCGGAUAUGGACAACCUCAAGGACCCGGAUAUGGACAACCUCAAGGACCCGGAUAUGGACAACCUCAGGGACCUGGAUAUGGACAACCUCAAGGACCUGGAUACGGACAACCUCAAGGACCUGGAUACGGACAACCUCAAGGACCUGGAUAUGGACAACCUCAAGGACCCGGAUAUGGAUAUGAACACGGACACCAACGCGGAUUUGGACAUCAUCACGGACAGGAGCGCCAUCAUGGCCAUGGACACGGACGUGGACAUCAUCGUAGACGCAAGUCAUCGAGCAGUGAUGAGGACUGAAGCUGAAGACAAGAGUUUGGAUCGGGCCUUAUUGAGACACUAAAGAUUUGAGUUCCGCAACAAAUGUUUACAGAUGUUUUUCUCGAGCAGUGGUUUUACAUGUUGGUUUCAAACAUAACCCACUUGUUGGAUUUCUUUAUAUAACUGGAGGAAAAAUACCAGGUCUGAGCACUCCAAAUACCUAUGAAAUGAUAUCCAUUCAUGCCUGGAGUCUCUGGUUUGGGGUCUUGCUGUUAAACAAACCAAAACAAAUUGUGCUAAUGCAGUGUGUGUCUGCGCUAGUUUAUUAUUCAGAAUUUCAUUAUUAUGCACAAUAAUCAGUUUUAAGUGUACUUUCUGUCUUCACUGUUCCUCUUCCUGUUUCCACUUUUUUUCCCCAUUCAUAGUUUGCAGCACUGUUGAAACUCAAAUAUUCCAAAGUUUGAUAAUUAAAGUGUCUCAUCCUUUUCAAGUCCAAUAAAACAUAAUAAAACAG